UCCUAUUGACCCCCCCGCGCCAGAUAUCCUGGCGAAGCUCUGCCGUCUCUCGAGGGGCCCCGGGUGGCUGUGUCUGUUCCCCGGAGCGGGAUGAGGUGCGGGAAACCGCGGGAGUCCCACGCUUGGAGCCGGGUGGGGAGGAGAAAACCUUGCCACGUUCAUGUGAGAGAUGGCGAAUGCCGAGGUGAGCGUCCCUGUGGGUGAUGUGGUGGUUGUACCAAGUGACGGGAAUGAAGGGGAGAGCCCGGAGGAUACCAAAACCCAAGUGAUCUUGCAGCUCCAGCCGGUGCAACAAGGGAUUUACCAAGAGGGCUCCGAGGCCAGUGCUGCUGUGGUGGCCGUGGAAACCCACACCAUCCACAAGCUGGAAGAAGGGAUUGACCCCAGCACCCUUGAAACGAGCGAGGAAAUCGAGAUUGCCUAUCCCAUCACCUGUGGGGAGAGCAAAGCCAUCCUCCUCUGGAAGAAGUUUGUCUGCCCAGGAAUUAAUGUCAAGUGUGUGAAGUUCAAUGACCAACUGAUUAGCCCGAAGCACUUUGUUCACCUGGCUGGGAAGUCUACCCUGAAGGACUGGAAGAGAGCCAUUCGCCUCGGAGGAAUCAUGCUAAGGAAGAUGAUGGAUUCAGGGCAGAUUGACUUCUACCAACACGACAAAGUUUGCACCAACACCUGUCGAAGCACCAAGUUUGAUCUCCUGAUCAGCAGUGCCAGAGCACCAGUGCCGGGGCAGCAGAGCGUGGUGCAGACUCCAACCUCAGCUGAUGGGAGCAUCACCCAGAUUGCGCUGUCGGAGGAGAGUAUGGAGGAGGGGAUAGAGUGGAACUCGGCUCUGACAGCUGCUGUCACCAUGGCCACUGAGGAAGGCAUGAAAAAGGACACGGAUGAAAUUUCAGAGGACACACUGAUGUUCUGGAAAGGAAUAGCUGAUGUGGGGCUGAUGGAAGAGGUGGUGUGCAACAUCCAAAAGGAAAUAGAAGAAGUCCUAAGAGGUGUGCAGCAGCGUUUGGGUCAGUCUCCCUUCCAGAUGACAGAUGCUGCAGUCCUGAACAACGUCGCCCAUACAUUUGGCUUAAUGGACACAGUCAAGAAGGUACUGGACAACAGGAAAAACCAGACAGAGCAAGGAGAGGAACAGUUUCUUUACACACUGGCAGACCUGGAGCGGCAGCUGGAAGAACAGAAGAAACUUGCCAGGGAUCAGAAGACCAAGUCUCAAACCAUCCAGAACGUGGUGCUGAUGCCCAUGAGCACUCCCAAGCCUCCCAAGAGACCCCGUCUGCAGCGCCCAGCCUCUGCUACCAUCCUCAGCCCCUCCACCCCCAUCCAGCAGCCUCAGUUCACUGUCAUCUCCCCCAUCGCCAUCGCGCCCGUUGGACAACAGUUCUCUGUGGGCAACAUCCCAGUGGCAACCCUCAGCCAAGGCUCCAGCCCAGUGACUGUUCAUACCCUGCCGUCUGGCUCCCAGCUCUUCCGAUAUGCCACCGUGGUUUCAUCCUCCAAGACCAGCUCCUCGGACACCGUCACCCUGCACCCAUCCUCCAGCCUGGCACUGCUGAGCUCAGCAGCCAUGCAGGACACCGGGGCCCUGGCCAACGUGGCGACCAUGGUCAACCCUGUGGAACUAGUGGCCAUGGAGUCUGGCAUCACUUCCACCAUCCAAGCUGUGGAAGGCACCUCAGAUGAUGGGCAGACCAUCAUAGAGAUUGACCCGGCGCCGGAUCCUGAGGUGGACACAGACGAAUCAGAGGGCAAAGCUGUGAUCCUGGAGACAGAGCUGAGGACUGAGGAGAAAGUGGUGGGAGAUGUGGAAGACCAUCAGCACCAGGUCCAUAAUGUGGAGAUUGUGGUCUUGGAAGACUAGUGGGGAAGGCAAGCAUCCAUUAGGGGAAGAGUUGGGAAUUCGUUUUAUUUCAGGCUUUUUUGUUAAGCAUCUUUUCCAGCCACCUCAGUUGUUACUAUGGAUAUUUUCAUUGUACUGUGUGUAUAUAUAUAUAUAUAUAUAUAUAUAUAUAUAUAUAUAUAUAUACACACACACACACACAUAUAUAUACAUAUAUAUAUAUAUGUGUGUGUGUGUGUAAAAGGUUUGGGUUUUUUUUUAAACAAAGCUGGAGAAACACAUGAGACAUGGAUAAGGCUCCAUCUUCGUGGAGCACUGAACAAUACCGCCCAUGGCACGGUCAAGGAGAGACUGGAUCUCUGCUGGACAAACCAACCAGGAGGAACUAGCCAUGCCUCAGUGCUUCUGCUCCAGGGCUGCCCUGGCCCAGAGACUUUAUUUGAGAGACAAUAACACUUGAGUGUGGAUGUGGCUGUGAGAAGGGGUGACGGAUUUGGGGUGGAACAGGUACCUCAUUUGUAUUUUUAUUUUCCCCAGGGAAAGGGAAUUCCGUCGGACCCUUCACUGUCACCUCAAAUGGGAUUUUUUAUUAUUUUUCUUGCUUUGAGGAGGCUGAGAGUACAAUGAAUUUACUGCCCAUGUUCUCCUCCUCCACACAAAUUGUUUUUAUAUCUCUAUUUUUUUGUAUUUGUUUGCUCUCUCCCUUCCCUUGUCCAGAUUUCCCAGCUGCAGAGCCCUGGGACCUUCUCUCAGGGUCCCUGUAUCCCAAUCCCUCCUCUUCCCAUGGCACUUUUCCCCCAUCCCUUUCCCUGCCUGGCAAGGCUCGGUGCUGCAAAUGCCACUUGAAGAUUCCGAGAUCACUUCAGCCUUUUGAAUAAGGCAAAAAAUAUCAACUCAAGCUCAAACCCAGUCCUCCCCCUUGGCUGCUCAGCACCCCAGGGACCUUUCAAGGUGUACAAAGCAUGUUGUGCUGUUGCUUUCUGGGAGAGACAGAUUUCGGAUCAGGACAGCUUCUGUUUACACUGUGUGCUGAGGCUGCUCCAUGCUUGUUGCUUCUUGUUUGGUGGUUUUAUUUUUGUAUUACUUUUUCUUCUUUCUUCCUGUAAUCUCUUGGCAGGGUUAGAACUGGCACAUUGCUGAAGUAUGGUGCACUCUGCUGUUUUCCCACUUUCCCUCUUCUUUUCCAGUGGCUGGAGAUCUAUUUGGGCUUUGCCACACUGGGAAAAUGGAGGGGGAAAGCAACGGGUGGCUUCAGAGGUGCAGAGAUUUGGGAGGCGGAAGGGUGGGAGCUGCUUGGCUGGAAAUACUAAGCAAAGGAAACACAGCUGGGGAGGGUGGGGAAAGGGCAGGAAGAUGUGUCUGGCUAUUUUUUUGCAUUAAAAGGAAAAAUGGAGUUAAGCUCCAAUGGAUUUUUUCAUUGGAGAGGUGAAAGGCAGUGCCACCACCGCCUUGGGGAGAGCAGGGGAUGGGCAGGGAUUCCUGAACCUCGAUUUUUGAGGGGUGGGCGCUGCUGCUCUGACAUUGGCCUCUGGGAAGUGCUUCCUGGCUUGGAGUGAAGGUGGGAAUAGCUGUGGGAGCCAGAUCCCAUGCUCAGUCUGGAGAAGAGAAGGUUCUGGGGAGACUCUUAGAGCCCCUUCCAGUGCCUAAAGGGGCUCCAAGAGGGCUGGAGGGGAACUUUGACAAAGGGCCUGGAGGGACAGGACAAAGAGGAAUGGCUUCCCACUGCCAGAGGGCGGGGUUAGAUGGAGAUAUGGGAAAGAAUUCUUCCAUGUGAGGGUGGGGAGGCUCUGGCACUGGGUGCCCAGAGAAGCUGUGGCUGCCCCUGGGUCCCUGGCAGUGUCCAAGGCCAGGUUGGAUGGGGCUUGGAGCAGCCUGGGACAGUGGAAGGUGUCCCUGCCCACAGCAGGGAGUAGAACAAGAGGAGCUUUCAGGUCUCUUCCAGCUCGAACCAGUCUGGGAUUCCGUAGUUUUGGAUCAGGGAUCCACCUCCUUCCACAUCCAGCCAGCUUCCCUCCAUUCUCCUCUGGCUUCCUCAGGCCCAUGAUUGAACGGGAAUGGGGACCUUUUGGGGACCCCCUUCCCCAAUCCAGGCAUACAGCAGAUCCUGUCAGGUCCAUGCUGGAGCUUUUUGUGUCUUUUGGCCGGAAAGUGGGGUGACUGCACUCCCUGAUCGCUGUACAUCUACCCAGGUAGCCCACUUGACCUGGGUGGGGGUCCUAUGGGACUAUGAUGUUCCCUGGGUUCUCUGCACCCUGGAGUACUGGACUGGGGACGGGGGGAGCUAAAAU